CUAAACAGAGAAUGGUUUAUAGCUGCAAGUCAUUGGGAGGGGAAGUUUAGCUAUGUUUCUUGCGACAGAGUAGCAAGAGUGAAAGUGUCAGUGGUGGAAAAGGAACGAAUGACUUAAAGGCAGCGGAGUUCUCCUUUGUAACCAUGGACUGGCUGGGGCACGGAGUCCUUUGUGCGAUCUUGUGCCUACUUUUUGGAGAAAGCGCGGUUCACUUUGGAAGUUGCGCCCCGGCUGUGAGCACUGUAGAUGAUGGCACCUUCAGUAUCCAGCAUGAAGGCACAGGCAAAUGCUUCCUAGUUCAGGAAGACUCUCUGAUACUGGGAAACUGUUCAUCAGCGACAGCCCAGCAGUGGAAAUGGGGUUCGGGACAUCGGCUCUUCCACACGGGUUUAUCCAAGUGCCUGGGACUGGACAUUCUCUCCAAAACGCUGUCUCUCACCAGCUGUUACAAUGACACCAUUUUGAGAUGGCGCUGCUACGAGGGAUAUAUUGUCACCACCUUUCAGAUGAAGCUGAGUGUCACAGCCAACGGGAUCGAUGUGACGGCCAAACGGGACACGUACGAUUUCUGGAGAAGAGGAGGAACCUCAGAGAGUAUCUGUGAACAACCGUACCGAACCGUUCAUACUAGCGGUGGUAACUCCAACGGUGCCCCCUGCACCUUCCCCUUCUUAUACAAUAACACCUGGCACCACAGCUGCCUUCCUCCCGAUGCCUCUCACUCUCAAGCCUGGUGUUCCACAACCGAGAACUAUGAUGAGGAUCCUAAGUGGGGAAACUGUCUCCAAUAUGAGGAGGGCUGUGGUGCAUUAUGGGAUGGCCCCUACGAUGGUCGAUGUUACCAGAUUGUUUCUACGGCGAUGGUUACUUGGCACGAGGCGCGGGAUUCCUGCCGUAGUCAGGGCGGGGAUCUGCUCAGCGUAUCCAGUCCCCGGGAUCUGCAGAAGCUACAAACAAAAGAUUUACCAGAGCAGCUGUGGAUCGGACUGAACCAACUGGACUGGGCGCAGGGGUGGCAGUGGUCGGAUGCCUCACCUUUAGUUUAUUUCCCAUGGGAAGAAGUCCAGCAGACUUGGAUGUCACCAGAGUGUGGGGUGAUGCGCCCUAAUCUGCGCUUUGGUGGUGAGUCAUGUGAGAAGAAGCUGCCAUAUAUCUGUGAGAAGAAAGACAACCAGACAGAGACUACAGAUAAACAGGUGUACAAGGCCACAGAGUGUGAGAGCGGAUGGUUCCCGUGGCAGGGUUAUUGCUAUAAUUUUUAUGGAAGCCAGAUGGGAGAAAGGAAGAGCUACGCAGAGGCGCAGCAAGUGUGUGUGGAGAACAAAGCUCAUCUAGCCAGCAUUCACAGUCUGGAGGAAAUGCAUAUGCUCACCAUGCAUUUUGCAGGAAAGACUCUGAACCCAUGGAUUGGUCUAAAAGCAGAGAGUAACACAGAGUUCUUUAAGUGGGAAGAUGGAACGAAUCCGUCGUUCACGUACUGGGCACGUAAUCAACCAGCAGUGCUGAAACCCAACACCACAAACUGUGUGGUCCUCUCUGAUUUGAUAAAUACUUGGUCUGUAGAUUCUUGCACUGCACUGAAGUCCUUCCUGUGUAAGAAAACCGGCAAGGUAAAUGAGACAGAAAACAGCUGCCCACAUGAAGGGGACUGGAGAAGGUAUAAAAAUUCAUGUUAUAAACUGGACACACGGAAAGUCUCUUAUAAGAACAGCUGUAAAAUCAUCGUUAAUGACAAAUUUGAGCAGGCUUUCAUUAACAGUCUGCUGAAGGAGCAUGUAAGCAGCGAGCAUCAGCAUUUCUGGACUGGACUUCAGGACACUAAAGGCACAGGAGAGUAUCAGUGGUUCAGUCAGGACGGAAAAGCAAGCCAAGUCACAUACACCAAUUGGAAAUGGGGAGAACCAGUCAAAGUAGGAGGGUGUGCGGUGAUGUCAACGAGCCCAAUGGGUCAGUGGUCUGUGGAGAACUGCACUGAGUUUAAAGCUGGUAGUAUCUGUAAGAAUCCCAUUGCUUCUGAACCUCCCACCCCGACGUCACCAGCGGACCCUAACUCCAACGCUACCUGCCCUUCAGGAUGGGUUUCCCGAACUGGACUGAAGUAUUGUUACAAGGUGUUCAACGAGGAGCGAGUGAGCCGCAAGCGCUCGUGGGAGGAAGCUGAGCAGUUUUGCGAAGCGCUUGGAGCUCAUCUUCCCAGUUUCACUGAGCACGAGGAGAUGACUUUUCUUCAUGAGAUCAUGAGAGACUCUGUUAGUGACGAUCGCUACUUCUGGGUUGGCUUAAACCGGCGAAAUCCAAACAGCGAUAACCGAUGGGAGUGGAGUGAUGGGCAGCCUGUGUCCAUGAAGAUCUUUCCAGAAGAGUUCCAUGAAGAUGAUGAGUAUAACCGAGACUGCACUGCGUUCAAGUCGCUAAGGAAACGGUACAUACUGCUGUUCAUUUUCCUGACGGCCGAAGGUCCUAAUCAGUUUUACCCCCGAGCAUUUCACUGUGAUGCCAAGCUGGAGUGGGUGUGUCAGAUCCCACGAGGGCAAACCCCAAAGACUCCUGAAUGGUAUAAUCCAGAUGGACACCACAACACCUCAGUGUUUAUGGAUGGGCAGGAAUUCUGGUUUGUAUCCCAGCCGAAGUUGUCCUUCGAAGAGGCGAGCAUGUACUGCAGCAGCAAUAAAAGCAAACUAGCCACGCCUCUAUCGUUCAACACGGCCAGACAUCUGCACGAACAUCUCUAUAAGCAUGCUGGAAUGGAGAACUGGUGGGUGGACCUUCGUGAACCUGGUCCUCUUGUUCCCUUAAGGCUUGCUCGUCUGCACGUCUAUCACUCUAUGUUCUUGGGCAGAUGCACGUCGCUUAGUCCCGGAUCCUUCACUCCAGAUUUCCAGGUAAGAUGCGACACCAAACUGAAUUUUGUGUGUGAGACAUUGAACGUCACAUCCUCAGAGACUGAAACGCAAGAGCCUCACCCUCCUGGCAAACCGUGCGAGACUGGCACGUUUGCCUUCAGAGACAAGUGUUACACAGUGACCAAGCCUCAGUUCAUGAGCUUCAAGGCAGCUGACGAGGUCUGUCAGACCCUGAGAGGGAGUCUCCCAUCCAUCAGAGACCAAGCCGAACAGGACUUCAUCACCACCCUGCUGCCAGGGAAACCGAAAAAGGUUUGGAUUGGUUUCAGAUCCAAUCAGUGGGUGGACAAGACGCCGAUGAAGUACCACAACUUUAACCCACUGAUCCACGGCCAGCUGCGUCUUAUGUACACCAAUUUCUUGGAGCAGGAAAGCAUGGAGCUGUGUGCCUACAUGUUUAAUGAUCCUCAUUCAGACAUGCUUGGCACUUGGGACUACACUUCCUGCUCAGAUGAGCAGAGUGUUGCUAUCUGCCAGCAUUAUGCAGAUAAGCAGGAGGACCCUGUGGUGGAGGAGGGUGAGUUCCAAGCCAACAGUUACACAUUUAAGGUGGUUCUGAAGGAGAAUGUGACCUGGUUUGAAGCUGAGGAGUUAUGUAAGAAGAAUAAAAUGGACCUGGCUAGCGUGGCUGAUGCAUACCAGCAAGCUUUGCUCAGUGUACGCGUCAGCAAAGCUCAGCAUCCGCUCUGGAUCGGACUGUUCAGUGAAAACGAUGAGCUGUACCACUGGACAGAUCACAGUCACACCAUGUUUAGCCGCUGGGGCCCAGAGGAAACUGUAGGAGGGUGUGUUUAUCUGGACACUGAUGGCUUCUGGAAGGCUACAGAAUGUGGGGAGAAGCUAAACGGGGCUAUUUGUGGCAUGCCACAAGUUAAAAUCAUACCUUCGGAAGACACUAAAAAGUGUCCACAUGAGAGCAACGGACCCAACUGGAUCCCCUUCAGGAACAACUGCUACACGUUUCUGCUCCGGGCGGUGAGAUGGCAGGAGCAUGACAACCACAACGAGCAGCAGACGUGCCAGCGUCUCGUUGGAAAGGGUGACAUUCUAACCAUCCGGCAUGAAGAGGAGAAUGAAUUCAUUAAGACGCAGCUUCAGCCAUUUAAAGACCUGGCUUCGUUUGUGUGGCUGGGGAUGUACAGAGACAAAAAAGAUGGGAAGCUGAAAUGGUACGAUGACACCUACAUCCAGUACUCCAACUGGAGAAAGGGAAGACCGACAGCCACAGAGCCCUUCAUGGCUGGUCUCAGUCUGACUGGAGAAUGGUACCUGUUUGAGCAGGGAAUGCUUUUUAAACAUUUUAAGCAGAGGGCCAUUGUGGUUUGCAAAAUUGAGAAUGAUCCCAGAGAUGAGUACCGCAAGGACCCAACUGAUGUGAAAACUCCAACUGGCUAUAGCUUCAGCUUGGUUGCUAAGAAGUUGAAUUGGUAUCAGGCCCUGAAGGAAUGCAGCAGCGACGGUGGCCAUCUUGUUAGCAUUCACAAUGAAACGACCAACAGUGAUAUGGCACUGAUUUCUAAACGAGACGGAUUUCCUCUCUGGAUUGGUCUUUCCAGGUUAGAUCUCAAUUGGCCUUACGAGUGGUCAGAUGGGACGGCGCUGCAGUUCCACCCUGAAGGGUUUCUGAGUACGGACACUGUUUCAGAAGAAAAAUGUAUCUACAUAGACUCUACUGGCAGCUGGACUGCAGUCAACUGCCUUGCUGAGAUGGAGGGUGCCAUUUGCUACAACAGCAAUCAAAAGUCUCAGGUCGCUGCUCAGUCCAGCAUUAACUGUCCUGGUAGUAAUGGAGAGGUUUCCUGGAUCCAGUAUAAAGACAGUUGUUACGCCAUUGUGAUGACCAUGUCCAACUACACAGUUUUCUCCAUUGAGCACGCACAAAAUAUUUGUAUGGACCUGGGACCCACCUCUCAGCUUUUGACCAUUAAGAGCAUGGACGAGAACGACUUUGUCACACGGCACGUUGCCGAAAACCCUCUGGCCACCUCCCGUGUUUGGCUGGGGCUACAAACAAUCGACAAAGAUAAAGCUGCUGUAUGGAUGGAUGGUAGCACGGUAGACUUCUCCAACUGGGGCCACAUUCAGCCCCACCCUGGCUGUGCCGUCUUGGUGUCCAUGAACGGAACAUGGAGCACAGUGAGCUGCACCGGGAGCCACAGCCGCGUCGUCUGCAAGGCACCUGCCAAAUCGCACAGUAGUCCUGUGGCCUUGGUUUUCUUCCUCAUCGUGCUGCUUUGCGUCGUCGCGCUCGUGAUCUUUGUUGUGUAUAAAAGGACCCGGCACCGCUACUUCUCUACGGUACGCUACCGGAGGAACUACGACGAAGCAGACAGUGCCAGUAUGAUCGCGGAGACGGACUGAACGCUGUACUGCACGCAGCUCAUAAACAGCAAUGAAGCAAAAGCCAGGUUCCUGUGCCUUUCAGUGUUAAGACUCAACACACUCGAACAUCUGACUCAAACUAAAGGAGUUGAAAAGUUUAUUACUUCACUGUUAAUACUUAUCAGCCCGACAGCUGCAGGGUUUGUAAUUAAUAUACUAAAAGAAUGUCGAAUGAUUUUGUAGAUAUGCGUAAAGAUGGCAGUUUGUUUUUAUUUAAAUUUCCUUAAUGACUUUUGUAUGUUUGUGUGUUUUAAUGAGAAGACUGCCAAAUGUUCGACAUGCUGCAAUAUUUUUUUUGUUUGUUUUUGCCGUUCUUUGGCAUCCUUGGAUUGGAUUUUAGGCUUGGCCAGGGUGUUUUGUUUUGUUUUUUGCAUUUCUUCUGAGCAGGCAAUAAUUGCACUUCGUGAAAAUGCAAACUGGGAUCAUUUUAAAGCUUUUCUUCUUUCGUGUGUUUUUCAUUUUUUUCCCCCUCUUCACUUAAAUAUCUAAUCGAUUUGAGUGUUCUUACUACAAACACGUUUUAUACAUCUGUUCUGUAAAAUAUCAAACUACUGUGUUCAGUUCUGGUGUGUUCUUACUGUUCAAGUGCUGGCUCUGCUUUAAUCACUGUUUACUUUAACUCAGUGACUCUGUGUAAAUUUGGCAAACUCUUCUACAUAGUGGCUAAUUUUAGCCCACAUGUGAUAAGGCCCGACUUCAGUAUGCGCAUCAUUACAAAUGUGUUUAUCGUACAUAUUGCAACCUUACACUCACGACAGUUGCAUGUUACACAUAAUACAGCUAUUAUUUCAAACAUCUAGAGUAUUUACAGCACCCCAACUCUCUAAAUGUCUCAUUACGCUGUGUAAUAAAGACGAAUGUGUAGGAUGCCUUUAUAUAUGUGGCCUAACAGAGUUUACCUCUAUUAUUCUUUGCACUCAAACUACUGAUAUGUAAUGCACUUUAACUGUGUUUUCUUGUGGACUGCUUAAGAAUUCAAGCACAACAUGAGGGUGUUUUUAUUAAGAAUUUUUUGAGAAAAUAUGCAGAAAUGGCACACAAGCACAGGGAUGGAUGUUGUAUAUGAUCUGUAAAUAUCUUUUAGGCUUUGCGUAUACUUUGAUCUCCUUUUAGAUGGAAUAAACCAAAGAGGCUUCUGAAAUCACAAAUCUGGUUUAAUGUGAUGCGAUGUGAUCCUGCUCAGGUUUUCAUCUUCCCCGGUUCAAAAAUAUUACCUAAAGUGAAUGGCAAAUUGUUCUACUUUGCAGUGCUCAUUUUGUUAAUCAAGCUCAUUCAAUAAAAUGCUGUCUCCAUGCUCGGA